ACAGAGCUACAGUGGAGGGGAGAUGGUUGGGCUUUCCAGGUAAGCCAUGAUCAUAUGGUUGACUUCAACGUGUACGUAGUUUGCAGCCUUGUUAAUCAAAAAUCUGUGGAAGGUGAUCUGAGGUGGUGUUCCAACAAAGUCCAGGCCUGAUAACAGAGAGCUGAGCUUUUUAAUUAGUCAGUUGUGGGUUAUCUACAUUAUCUGUGUGGAGCAGGCUGUUAGUUAAAUAUUGAUUUAGCAGAGGAGCUGUGUUUUCUUCCUGUUCGACCUCUGACUGCAAACACUGUGCUGCAGGUGGUAGGGACGUGCUUGUUGAGUUUUCCUUGGUUUUAAUUUAGAGGUAGUUUAAUAUGAGGGGCAAGGAAUAUUAAUAUAAUAUUUAAACUUCAAACUAACAAACAAAAGACUAUUUUUCAAACCAAGUUCUAUCUAGUGGCACCAGACCUCUCUCAAGUCUGACCAAAGUCCAGUCAACGUGGUAAAAGACACAGGAGGCUCACACUGCUCCUGUUUCGCAUUUGGCUACACUUUACUCCGAUGAAGCAGAGCACCGGGGCUGGCUAUCACUUGUCAGCUGAAGAUCCUCUCUGCAAAUCCCCCGUGUGUCAGUCGUCUUUUGUGCUUUAUUGUCUACUGUGACCAUAUGGACAUUUGUUUGACAGAAGUCUGUGACCCUCAAACAGUUUGGCUCUGCUCAGUUACGUGGUGUCUGACCAGCCUAUUGAAACCGAGCAACCAGCAGAACGCUGCUUAAAGAGUCAUCUCUGUGGAUGGAGGAUGAACAUUAAUAUUCAUGAGCUGUUACUCAUUUACGCUGGUGAGAGUGGAGCUUUUGCAUGAGGAAUUGUUCCUUCCAGCUCCUGUGUUACUGUGAUAGUUGUGGUCAUCUGAGGUACCCGUGUACCUGCACGCCUCCCCUUCUCCCUUCAGCGGCAGCUCAGGGACGUGGGGCUGCACAAGUCUUGGGUGGUCUGCAUAAGAGAGAAGCCAUACGAAAUCUGUCAUCUUGUGCACACUGCCAUUCCCAGGGUUGAAAACUGCACUGACUGCUAUCUGAUAGCACCUGCUUGGGGCAGUUACCAGGCAAAUCGUGUCGUGUGAAGAGGAGAUAAAUGGGCAAGGCUCGCUAACGUCAGACAGUAGCAGAACUGGCAGGUGUGCAGACUGUAAGCUGACUGGGAGAGGAACCAUUUUUUAAAUGUCUACAAAGCACCUCCAGUAUUCUGAUGCUGUUAUAAUUUUAACACUAAGAGGAAAGCAGAUGCACUUACAGGACAGCAAAAGAUGGCACCUUCAAGAACUGUGUCAUGACCUAACUAUUUCUGAUGAACUCUUACAGCAGCUACAGCCUGUCUGCCUGCACAUGCGAACAGUGUGUUUACUGUCAAGAGGCUUAAGGUGAAAAGAAAUGGAAAAUCCUGAAGUGGCUGUGAGCAGCCACAGUGCUCACAAUGAUGAAAAUCUUUGCAGCUACACACGACACCUGUCAGUAUCACAGGAGGGGCUUUUGGAAGACCAGCUUAGAAGGAAGUUAAAAUUCUUCUUCAUGAACCCAUGUGAGAAAUUCUGGGCCCGGGGCAGGAAACCUUGGAAACUUGGGAUUCAGCUACUCAAAAUAGCAAUGGUUACUGUUCAGCUGGUGGUUUUUGGAUUGAGCAAUCAAAUGGUGGUUGCCUUCAAAGAAGAGAACACUGUUGCAUUCAAACAUCUCUUCUUGAAAGGAUACAUGGACAGAAUGGAUGAUACCUAUGCUGUAUAUACACAAACAGAUGUCUAUGACCAGAUAUUCUUUGCAAUAAACCAGUACUUACAGCUGCCCAACAUCUCUGUUGGAAACCAUGCUUAUGAGAAGAGGGGAGCAGAAGAAACAGCUCUGGCUGUGUGUCAGCAGUUCUACAAGCGAGGAACCAUCUGUCCUGGAAAUGACACCUUUGAUAUAGACCCAGAGAUUGUGACUGACUGCUUGUACAUUGAGCCAACGAUGCCGUUAGACAACACAACAGUGGGAAAGCACAAUUUGAAUUUCACUCUGGAUUUCCACAGACUGGUGACGGUGCAGCUCAUGUUCAAUCUGAAGGCAAUCAACCUCCAGACCGUUCGUCACCACGAGCUCCCUGACUGUUAUGAUUUCACUCUGACGAUAGUGUUUGAUAAUAAAGCACAUAGUGGAAGAAUUAAAAUAAGUCUAGACAACGACAUAGCGAUCAGGGAAUGUAAAGACUGGCAUGUUUCUGGAUCAAUACAGAAGAAUACUCAUUACAUGAUGAUCUUUGAUGCUUUUGUUAUAUUGACUUGUCUGGCCUCAUUGAUCCUUUGCACACGAUCAGUGAUUAAAGGAAUUCAUCUCCAAAGGGAAUUUGUAAGCUUUUUCCUAUAUUAUUAUAAGAAAGAAGUAUCUUUCAGUGAUCAAAUGGAAUUUGUCAACGGAUGGUACAUCCUGAUUAUGGUUAGCGAUGUCUUAACUAUUGUUGGAUCAACUCUAAAGAUGGAGAUACAAGCCAAGAGUCUGACAAGUUAUGAUGUCUGUAGCAUACUCCUAGGAACAUCCACUAUGCUUGUGUGGCUUGGAGUCAUUCGCUACCUAGGUUUCUUUCAGAAGUAUAAUCUUCUCAUCCUAACACUGCGAGCAGCAUUACCCAAUGUAAUGAGGUUCUGCUGUUGCGCUGCUAUGAUCUACCUGGGCUAUUGCUUCUGUGGAUGGAUUGUACUGGGACCAUACCAUGUGAAGUUUCGCUCUCUGAACAUGGUUUCCGAAUGCCUUUUUUCAUUGAUCAAUGGAGAUGACAUGUUUGCCACCUUUGCAAAAAUGCAGCAGAAAAGCUACUUGGUUUGGUUAUUCAGUAGGAUCUACCUCUACUCCUUCAUCAGUCUGUUCAUCUAUAUGGUGCUGAGUCUCUUCAUUGCACUCAUUACAGAUACGUAUGAAACUGUCAAGCACUACCAGCAAGAUGGCUUUCCGGAGACAGAACUUCAGAGAUUUAUAUCACAGUGCAAAGACUUACCAAACUCUGGCAGGUACAGGUUAGAGGAGGAGAGUUCUGCAUCUCUUUUCUGUUGUUGUAAUGGUUGUAGCGAACAUAUUUAAUGGAUUGUGGGAGUGUAUCAUGGAGGCUUUAAAGCGGCACACAUCGCAAGAACUGGACAGUGGAGCUGGUGGAAAAUCUUAUACCUAAAGUCUGAAUUUGCUGUUCUUGAAAAAGAGUGUAAGCCUGUGGCAGAAGCUUGUGAUAAACUUACAGUCUUUUUGAUUAGGCACUCUCACUGCUAGUUCAGGGGUUUUGGGGGUUUGUUUUUUUAUUAGCUUUGUGCUAUUUGUUUCCUCAGUUAAAUUGUGCUGGAAUGCGAAGGGCAUUAAAAAGCUGUCUGUAUUCAGAGACUUGGCUAGUUUAUGCAGGUAGACUAGAAAUGCAGUAACUAUCAACUAUAAGUAGAAAUAGUGCUGGACAACUGCAACUUUGAACACCAACCUAGCCCUCAGUACUGCAGGCGUUAUCUAGCUAUGGCUGACCUGUCACUGAAUGAAUGAAAGGUCACUCUAGAGCCCUCAGCAUUUUUUGUUUAUCUGCACUCAUGGUAAAAAUAAACUAAAACUAUGAAGUGUGGUGCCAUUUUUUUCUGGAGACAUUACAGUGAAUUGAUGCACAAGCCAGUCAAAUAUGGCUGAGAGCAGAAACUAAGUAUUUCUAUAAACAUAAGUACCACUUGAUGUAAGUGGCAGUCUCUUCUCAGAGAGGCCAGGGAUAUGCCAGGCCAGAACUGAAGUUUGAGGGGUGAGUUGAGUGGAGAAGUGUAGAUGUUCUCCUAUAUCCAGCACCGGUAGGAUCAGUUACAAUCUUCAGCUUCACAGUGUGCUGACCUUAUGUUUUUAAAGGAAAAGUCAGACAAAAGCACUUCCAAAAUAUCUAUUUUUUUAUUUGAAAUCUUCCUCUGGUACACAAGUCUGUAAACCUGAAGUCUAAACUAAGUUAAAUACACAGAAGAUAGGUCUCUGAGAGUCGUAUCUCUCCACGCUUCAGAAACUGGAUGUUUCCUACCAACCUAAUAACCUGGUACUGUCAGUGGCUGUCUGAAACAUUAGAUCUUAUAAAAGUUCAGUUUUGACAACUUAGUUUAUAUACUUUGUUGAUUGUGAUACCAUUUAAUGGAUGCCUUAUUUUCUAUAGUCUAUUCACUCUGGGAGCAGAACAGAGGACCAAAGGGAAGCAUAUUUUACAUAACUUGCAUUUGUGAGCAACAUUUCUGUAGCUGUGUGUGACAAUGUAUAACGCUGUGCACAAAGGUGGAGGACACUAAACAUGUUUUGUCUGAAUGUUUACACAUUGUAAAUGUGCUACAAUAAACAUUUACAGCUGUAGUAGCUAUUGGGUGUGUCAGUAUUUAUUUUAAGAGUAAAUAUGUUGCCAGGUUAAUAUAGGGGCUUUUUUUUUUUUUUUUUAAUAGCCAUAUGCAAUUUCUGGCAUGAAGCAGUGUGUGAAUUUGCAUUUCCUGUAGUCAAGAUAGUUCCUGCAGACCCUGGUGAGGACCUGGUCCCAGUUGAUCUUGUUUAACAGCGUUUCAAAGUUUGCCAUAGAAACAAAUAAGCAAGUAUUAAACCUUACACUAAAAAUGCUCCCGUACAUUACAUGAAGUUCAAAUUCAGCAAAGGCAAACCAAAUGCAAGGUGUAGGCAGAACAGAUUAUUCACAGUAUCUGAAAGUUUCCUGUAUUGAGGUCCUUGUCUUCCAACAGUCACCUAAGAUUGAAGACUUUUGAAGCUUUUCAAGGUGAUUCAAGGCAACCUUGCCUCAAAAAGCAAGUAUUAAGUGAACGUGUUUUCUAUUGACACAUUAAACUCGUUAUGGAUCUUUGACAACACAGUGUAUAACAUGCACAUCACUAUUGUAUAAAAGAGUUUGUGCAAGGAAUUCUGACAAGGAUGGCAAGCACUUUAAGAUCACUGAAAUGCAGAAGGCUGACUUCUUAGCAAGGCUUUUUCAUACAGAGUAAAGAGAAAGCUAAGAAUAAUUUGCUCAAAAUGCAGGUAAAUUUUGUAAACAGCUAUGGAAUACUUUGCCAAUACAGUUGUAAGGCAAGUAGUAGUCUGAUUUCAUUUAGAAACAGGGCAGAGCAUAUGCUUUGUCACUGUUAACUUAGAAAAUCAGCAACAAAUUUCAACAUUUGACAGAGCUCUAAAAUAUCAAAUUCCUACAAACUUUUAUAGAAGCAGGGAGAAAUCAUGUUAAUAGAAGCCUGCAGUAUGAGCAUAAGGUGUGGAAAGCUACAAUGGGUGACCCCAAAGCAGGAAAAGAUAUUAUAUAUAUAUUCUUUCAAUUCCUAAUAAGAGAAAUCUGCCACUGAAGACUGGUUUCUGUUGCCUGAAGGGCAAACUUUACUGUGAAGCUUGUUUUGCAAUGAAAUCCCUGUUAGAGUCUGUGUUUGUGCUUGUGCUACAGCUAAAAAGUCAAUCAGCCGAGGUAGAAAUUCAGUGAAAAACAAUGCUCUGUUACUACACAGCUUUUAAUUUAGCGCUGCUGGCAGUUGUGUGGGUUUGGGGAGGAAAGAGUUAAUGAAAGCCAACUUGCCUUCAAACAGUAAUGGGCAGGGUCAGAGUGUGAAGCCAGAGGGGAGGGCUAUCUAAAAGUAGGAGAAGAAUGUGCAAGCAAAGGAUAGGGAGGGGUGGGAGGAAAAGAAGGGACAACUGCUUAUGAAGUUAGCAGAGCAGCAAUUGCGUAUUUCUGGCCAUGGGUGCAGG